CCUCUGACCUAAGACGCGCCCUCCCUCGGCGGGGACUCAGUUUCGCGCCCAGGAAUCCCUGGUCCCUCCCCCGAGGCCGGCGGCCCCUCCUCCUGAGCCAUGGUCCCCGCCGGGGGGGCCCCAGACCGUCCCGCGGCGUGCGGAGGGGCAGGGCCCCAGGUCUUGGCGUCCGCGCCGGACGCCGCCGCCACCUCGCAGCGCUCGCCGCCGUCCGGGUUCUCCUCGUGGCCGCGGGCCGCGAACUCCGGGGCGGGCAGGUCGCCGCUCCGCCAGCUCCGGGGGCGCAGGAUGGCGGCCGGCGCGUUCCUGGAGGCCGGCCUGGCCCGGGUGCUCUUCUACCCGACGCUGCUGUACACCGUGUUUCUCGAGAAGAUGCCGGGCCGCGCGCACCGCGACUGGUACCACCGCAUCGACGCCACCGUGCUGCUGGGCGCGCUGCCGCUGCGGAGCAUGACGCGCCGGCUGGUCCAGGACGAGAACGUGCGCGGGGUGAUCACCAUGAACGAGGAGUAUGAGACGAGGUUCCUGUGCAACUCCGCCAAGGAGUGGAAGAAAGUAGGAGUUGAGCAGCUGCGGCUCAGCACAGUAGACAUGACUGGAAUCCCAACCUUGGUUAACCUCCGGAAAGGAGUCCAGUUUGCUCUCAAAUACCAGUCGCUGGGCCAGUCCGUCUACGUGCAUUGUAAGGCUGGGCGCUCCAGAAGUGCCACUAUGGUGGCAGCAUAUCUGAUUCAGGUGCACAAGUGGAGUCCAGAGGAGGCUGUAAGAGCCAUCACCAAGAUCCGGUCACACAUCUACAUCAGACCUGGGCAGUUUGAAGUUCUCAAAGAGUUCCACAAGGAGAUCACUGAAGGGGCAGCAAAGGACGCGGCUCAUCACACCUCACAGACGUGAAGUACGUGGAGAUGUGGAUUCGAAGGAACUCAGGACAACCCUGCUUGCUACAGAAUGAACAGGUUUCACAGGAUCAAGGGGACUUAAGCCCCGACUUGACAUAACAGAAAUGUGCUAAGUAAUGGAUCAUUUGCUCCCUUUGUCUUGUUUCAUUUUCCUGAAAUAACACUGUUGUACGGCUAGAAA